GCUUGUAAUAAUCAUCAUCAAAAAGAAAAUGCGUAGAAACAACGUAUUCUUUUUCAAAAUUGAGAAACAAAAACUAUAAGAAUAGGUGAAGUUUCAUCACCUUUGGAUGGUUUUAUAAAAAGCAUUUGCAAUUGAAAAUAGCUUAUACAUAAUCAGGAUGAGCAAUGGUAGAAACAAGUAUGAUCAAGAGUCUAGUGAAAGAGGUUUGUUUUCACAUAUAACAGGCUAUCCAACAGCACCACCACCAUAUCCUCCACCACCUGCUUCAUAUUCCUAUCCACCAACAGCCUAUCCACCACCUACAUAUCCGCCGCAAGGAGGAUAUCCACCUUCAUCGGGUUAUUAUCCGCCACAGUAUCCACCACCACAUGCAGCAGGAGGGUAUCCACCUUCUGGUUAUUCUCAUUCUGGAUAUCAUCAUCAUCAACCAUCUUAUCAUGCCCCACAUGGCUAUCCAUCUGCAUAUUCUUCAGGGCAUGGGGGUGGUUUAGGAGGAUUGUUCGCAGGUGCGGCGGCUGCUUAUGGUGCUCACCGUCUAUCACAUGGACAUGGAGGAUAUCAUCAUGGUUAUGGUUAUGGACAUGGGAAGUAUAAGCAUGGAAAAUUUGGCAAGCGUUGGAAGCAUGGUAGGUUUGGUUUUGGCAAGUUUAAGCAUGGAAAAUUUGGUAAGAGAUGGAAGUGAUGCAGGGUACAAUAUAUUUAAAUAUGCAACUUUGAGCAUGAUCAUGAAUGCUGAAAUUUUAGAUGAAUAAUUUAAACUAAUUGCUAUUAGCAAUAUACUUAGUUUCAAUUGGAUGUUUCCAUUGCAAUGAACAAUUUUUUUCAUUUGGCAUCACUAUAUAUUGUGCAAAUUUGUGUGGAUGUUGUAUGUAUUUAUAUGAAGCGCUCAAUUUUCUUUA